AACAGGAGGCUGUUAUCUGAGAGAAGCUCUUGCGAAACACUCUGUGUGUGUGUGUGUGUGUGUGUGUGUGUGUGUGUGUGUAUUAGUGUGUAUUAUUGUGUGUGUGUGUUACUGAGUGUGUUGCUGUGCUUUUAUGUUUUUCAGUUCAGGCUGCAGAUGAACAGACGGCGAUCAGAGAGAGACUGAAGCAGCAGAAUCAGAGACAGGCAGACGGGCAGACAGACGGACAUACAGGCAGACGGACAUACAGGCAGACGGACAUACAGGCAGACGGACAUACAGGCAGACGGGCAGACAGACAGACAGGUAUCUAACAGGUGAGGCAGGUGGACGGACAGCGGCAGGAAGAUGUCGCUGUUUGAGUUCUGGAGGAGGACGGAGGAGCGACUGGAGCAGCUGAGGAGAACCAAUCAGCUGAGACUGAGUCCUGCACAGGUGAGCCGGUUGCUAGGCGACAGAGAGGUUCGGGCGGAGCUCCAGAAUGAAGGGAUGUUGUCUCUGCUGCCCCCCAUUGGUACGGAGGUCUUCAGACGCUUCACUCCAGCCUCUCUGGAGGAGAUCAGAGAACGACGUGAAACCGAGGAGAAGAAGCAGCAGAACGAUCAGGUAACAGAGACAGCUCCGUCCAAUGACAUGGCAGCAGGGAAGCUCCUCCCCUUUGUCUACGGGGACCCGCCCCCUGAACUCCUCACAACCCCAUUGGAAGAUCUGGAUCUCUUCUACCAAUCACAGAAGACCUUCAUGGUCCUCAGUAAGGGAAACAUCAUCCACAGGUUUAAUUGUGAAUCUGUCUGUUUCCUGCUGAGUCCGUUCAACCUGCUGAGGACUUUCUGCAUCAAGCUCCUCCUCCAUCCAUUCUCCAGGAUUUUCAUGCUGCUGACGAUUCUGACCAACUGCGUUUUCAUGCUGAUCAAUAUCAAAGAUCCAGUUCUGAGCCGAAUCCUGGAGUUGACCUUCAUGGUCAUCUACACGCUGGAUGUCUUGGUGAAGGUAGUAUCUAGAGGCUUCUGUCUGGGACGCUUCACCUUCAUCAGAGAUCCCUGGAACUGGCUGGAUCUCCUUAUCCUCACCACGGGGGUGGUGCGAGCCUCAGGUAAAUCCUACGCGACUGUCUUCCUUGUUCUCUUCUUCCCCGGAUGCUUCUUUGUGUCUAGCCUCAUUCUGGUGUGGUUGCCAUGGCGAUGGCAGAGCAAAGAGGAGGCUGGCGCCGCUGACGCGAAACGGAAAGAAGAAGAGUUCAUUCGGAUUGUGGAGGUAUUGAAGAGGAAAGAGGAGGAGGAGGAGGAGACCUUCCAGGUGCAGCUUCAUCCACGUCUUCCUCCAGGGGACUGCUGUGGCUGUUGGCGGUGGAUCAAACAGCGGUGCUACACCUUCAUCAUGAACCCCUGCUUUGACCUGGGGAUCAUCCUCUGCCUUGUCCUCAACACUGUCCUCAUGUCCAUGGAACAUUAUCCAAUGACGGCCAGCAUGGAGGAACAUCUGAGCAUCUCAGCGCUGGUCUUCACAUUUAUCUUCACAGCUGAGAUGAUCCUCAAACUGGUAGCUUUGGGCUGUUCUGGCUACUUCAAGGUGAGCUGGCAUGUUUUUGACUUCAUCCUGGUUGUGGGCAGUCUGCUGGAGCUUGGACUGAGUGAUGUGGAGGGAAUGAUACGGAUCGUCAUACUGUUGCGGGUGGUCCGGCUGGCCCGGUGGUGGCCGUCCUUCCACAUGUUUCUGAAGAUGAUCCAGAGCUCAGUGGGGAACGUCGCUCUGGUGCUGGUCUUCCUCAUGUUCCUGUCCGUGGUUGUCGGCAUGCAGCUGUUCCAGAGGGACUACAAAAACCAGGUCUGUCGCAUCGCCGUGGACUGUGAGCUUCCUCGCUGGCACAUGCACGACUUCUUCCACACCCUCAUGGUCAUCUUCAGGGUCCUAUGUGGCGAGUGGGUGGAGCUCCUGUGGGACUGCAUGGAGGUCUCCGCUCAGGCCACAUGUCUGGUUUUCUUCAUGACGGUGAUGGUCAUCGGACACCUGCUGGUCUGGUUCUCAGUUGACAACGACAACCGGAAGGAGUACGUGGCCUUAGACCUCGUGACCUCAGACCAGCCAGCCGUCAACGGUAACCGUGACAACCAUGACAGGGCCCCCGUCGCCGAGGCCGAGGUUGAAUUCAACUCACCUGAAAGUGAAGAAGAGAAAAAACAACAAAGUGAAAAACUACAAGAUGAAGAAAAUCAGAAAGAAAACACACCUGAGGACUGCUGCUGGGAGAGUUGCUGCUGUCCAUUCCAGAGCAUAGACACGUCCCAGGGCCCAUUGAGGGUUUGGUCUAACUUCAGGAGAGUCUGUCUGCUCAUCGUUCAACACAAACUGUUUGAAGCUUUCAUCGUCUUCAUCAUCCUGCUGAGCAGUGCAGCUCUGGUGUUUGAGGACAUCCACCUCCAGAACCGUCCAGUCCUCGAGAUGGUUCUAGACACAGCAGACCUGGUGUUCACCUUCCUGUUCCUGGUGGAGAUGCUUCUCAAGUGUAUCGCCUUUGGAUUCAAGAAAUACUUCAGCAGCUUCUGGUGUUGGCUCGACUUCCUCAUCUUAGACGUGUCUCUGGUCUCUCUGCUGCUCAGGUGGAUGGGAUUCAACACUCAUUACCUGAGAACCCUGAGAACCCUGAGGGUCCCGUCUCGCUUCCAGGGAAUGAAGGUGGUGCUGAAGGUUCUGGUGGUGACCCUCCCAGCGAUGCUUGAGGUUCUGCUGGUGGUUCUGACCGUCUGGCUGAUCUUUGGGAAUCUGGGGGUGAAUCUGUUCGCAGGAAAGUUCUAUUACUGUUUCAACGAGACGUCAGAGGAACUUUUCCAUACUGAUGCCGUGAGCAACAAGACAGAGUGUUCUUUUCUGAUUGAGUCUGACUUUAUGGAGGUCCGCUGGAAGAACACGAAGUUUAACUUCGACUCUGUGGUCUCCAGCUACGUGUCGCUGCUGCUUCUGGCGAUGUCCCACAGCUGGUACGAUAUCAUCUACUCUACUAUGGACUCCAGACGGGUGGAGGAUCAGCCUGUCUAUGAGUCCAACCUCUACAUGUACCUGUACUUCAUGUGUUUCAUCUCCAUCGGCUGCUACUUCACCUUCAACUUCUUCAUCAGAUCCUUCAUUUCUGCUUUGGAACAACAGAGACACAAGACAGGGAGCCAUGUUUUCAUGACGGAGCAGCAGCACAAAUAUUCCAGUUACAUGAAGACACUGUUCUCUGAGCCUAACAAAGAUAUUCCACGUCCUCAGAACCAGUGUCAUGCUCGGCUCUUUGAUGUGGUGACUGCUCCGUGCUUUGAGAUCUUCAUGGUGAUGGUGAUCUGUCUGAACAUGGUGGUUUUGAUGGUGGAGACGGAAGACCAGAGCCACAAGAAAGAAGUUGUCCUAUACUGGUUCCACUUCAUCAUCCUCCUCAUCUUCCUCCUUGAGUUCUUUCUAAAGAUCAUUGCACUCAGACGGCACUACUUCAGCAGCUGCAUGAACAUCGUUGACUUUGUGAUCCUCAUCGUGUGCAUAACAGGUCUCUUUGUGGCUGACCUCCUGGAGAAGUAUUUCGUCAGUCCACAGCUCUUUGCUGUUGUCCGAUUGACUCGUAUCUUGUGGGUCCUCCGUCUCAUUCGCUUUUCCAGAGGGAUCCGUAUGCUGGUUUUGGGCUUUGUGAUGUCACUUCCUGCCCUCAUCAACAUUGGCCUCCUCCUCUUCCUUAUGGUGUUCACCUUCUCUGUCAUUGGCAUGUUUAACUUUGCCUAUGUGAGAAAGGAGGCGCUGAUCAACGACCUGUUUAACUUUGAGACGUUUGGGAACAGCAUGCUUAGUAUGAUGAUGAUCACCACUUCUUCUGCGUGGGACGGUCUGCUGUUCCCCAUCAUGAACUUACCUCCAGACUGUGACCCGUUAAAGGAGCACCCAGGAUCGGUGGUUGUAGGGGACUGUGGCAGCCCGCUGGUGGGCAUCGUCUUCUUCACCACCUACAUCACCCUGUUCUUCCUUCUGGUGCUCUACCUGUUCACCGCCGUCGUCCUGGAGACCUUCAACACCAGGAGCCCCAAAGAUCCUGAGGACCACAAACUGCUCAGUGACCACCACCUGCAGAUGUUUUAUAAAACCUGGAGGAAGUUUGAUCCUGAUGCCUCACAGCUCAUCAAGUACAGUGAGCUGUCAGAUUUUUGCGAUGCCCUGCAGGAUCCGUUGAGGAUCCCCAAACCAAACAACAUCAAGCUGAUCCAGAUGGACCUUCCUCUGCAACCUGGAGACCAGAUCCACUGUGUGGACGUUCUGCAAGCUCUGACUGCACAGGCGUUCGGUAAGUCGGGACAGUCGGACACUCUCAGAGCCAGACUGGAAGAAAAGUUCUUCACCAGCCUGUCUAAGGUGUCACAGGAGCCGAUCAGCAGCACCCUGCAGAGGAAACAGGAAGAGGUGGCAGCGUCGGUGAUCCAGCGAGCCUAUCGGAAACACCUCCAACAGGACGCCGGUGACAAGGAGACAUCAGACCUGGCUGGGGGCGGAGCUUCACAGUGAGCUUCCUGUCACCUGACCUCCCAUCUGAUGAGAACCUGAGGGAGUUAAUCAUCUGCUGACAGUGGCGCCUCGUUGUCUCACGCUUCUUCUGUGUCUUUAUCUACGUCCUCCUCACUAUGGAGGAAUUUCUUAUCCUGUAAUGACUCUGACUACACAAGUCAAAACAUCCUGAACAUCACAACAACCUGCAGAAACCUGCAGCUUCUUUUCUCUGAUGGUCAGAAACCUGCAGCUUCUUUUGUCCUACAGUCAAAGACUCGAAUGCUUUUCUGUCUUUAAUCUGUGAUUAAGGUUUCCUAACUGAGGUUUCCUAACAAAGCUCAGUCUGUCUGGAGGUUCGUCCACAUGAUGCAUGAUGCUAAUCCUCAGAGAUAAUAGAGAUUAAACGAUGUAUCCAGAUUGUAAUACUUCAGGUAUUUAAUCACUUAACAAACACUUAAACUCUGAGCUGACCAUGGAACUAAUGAAAGAUGACUAAUCUCAUCUCACUGCUGUGGAUUAUUUUAGUCUGAACCAGUCACUGGAUGUUAACAUCCACAAGAGCACGACGGCAGAGACAUUUAAGAACGGCUUCAAAAUUAGAGCUACGACUCAUUUUCAUUGUCAGGUAAAGUGUUGAUUGUUUUCUGUAUUAAUUAAUUAAUUAGUUGGUUGUUUGGUCUCCAAAAGGUCAGAAAAUGGUGAAAUAUGUGGAUCAGCAUCUCCCAAAGUCCAAGAUGGAAAAAGUCUUGUUCCCAAGCCAAAGAUUUCCAAGUCAUUUUUAUACAGAAGGAAAGACAUUUCUGUGAAAAAAUGACUCAAACUGAUUAAUUGAUUAUGAAACUAGUUGGGGAUUGAUUAAUUAAUUGAUUAACGGUAAAUUGCUGCAGGAGUAUUCAACUUCAGUCAGAAAUAUUUAGUCUGUAGGACGAAGUUUGUUGAUAAAAUAUAAAACCUGCACUAAACCACCAACACUGGUGCUCAUAACAACUUGUUCUGCUAUUUAGCAAACACUUUAGCUUUUUCUUCCAAAUAUUACCACUCAUUAUUAUUAUUAUUAUUAUUAUAAAUUUAGCCUGGAAAGCAGUUUUCUCCACAGUUAUAGGAAAUAAUGCAGUAUUCUUCUACUAACAGCCUUAGCCUCCAGGUUUGUUAGUCAUGAUUGUUCUAAUGUGUGAACAGCUGAUAGCCAUUAGUGUCAUUAUUGAUUUGAUUGAUUGGCUGCAGCUGAAGGUCAGCCUGGAGUGUAACUCUAACCUUCUGAUUUACAGCAUCCUUUUAUCUGUUGAUGUUCACGUUAACAUGAUGUGGAAUGGUCUAAUGAACCAGGGACCACACAGUUUGUGUGUUAUAUCAAAGUUCUAUCAUUGUUUGUAAACUUCAGUCAAACUAAAAAUAAACACAAUAACAUGAAAA